UUCUGUUAAAUAGUUUAUAAUAUAUAAAUUACUUUUCACAAUAUCAUCAAAUAUAUUAAAAUAUUAUGUAUUUAAAUAGUGACUGAAUGUAAAGAACGAUGGAAAAAUUUGAGAGCUUGCUUCACAAGGCAUUUAAAAGCCAAACCUCCGUCGGGAUCAGCUGCCAAGUUCAAAAAACCAUAUUAUUUGGCAGAGUUUUUAAAUUUUCUUGAACCUUUUACGAAAUCACGAAAACAGUCAGGUAAUAUGCCAGUUAUACAGCCCCCAAAUAAUGAAUGUAGUGAGCAAAACGAAAGUAUUGGUAAUAUUUCCGAAAGUGAAGAAGACAACAUUGACAAUAAUCCAAUUGAAGAUAACCCAAAUGAUUCAAAUUCAAGUUUCGCUGAACCAAAUACACAACAAUGGAUCUCUAGUACCAAAAGUUCAUCUUUUCAAAAAAAACAACGUUCAGUAGGACUAGAAGAAGUAAAUAAGGCAGCUUUAGAUUUUUUCGCAAAAAAAAAGAAGUCAGAUCAUCCUGUAGAAGAUGUGGAUUUAUGUUUCUUUAAAAGUUUAUUACCGGAUAUGAAACUUAUGAAUCCUGAACAAAAAAGGCGUUUUAAAGUUGGAGUGACGAAUACAAAAAGAAUUUUUAAUUACAGGUAA